AUGCUGGCGAAUUUAGGGCGGCGCUCUAGCGCGCUCUCACGACCUAUAACCAAUCCUCUCCUCUCACAAUCGACGACCAGAUCAAUUUCUUCACAUAGCAUCGCCCAAAGACCAAGACUACAGCUACUCCCCCACAAUGUAUCCGGUUCUCAAACCCGAUCAUACACAUUCUACCAGCGAUUCAGAGACAAUUUCCGAGUUGCCGCACGAAAUGUCCACCGCAAACACCCAAUCGGAUUUCCCCUUACCCUCCUGUUCGCUGUCGGCAACACCGCCCUCCUAGCGUAUAUUAUCUAUGAUUUCAUGACUCGGGUGAACCCAGAGUACUCACGCUUCCCCAAGGAAAUGGCCAUUCAUCUUCGAAAAGCAGUAUACUAUACUGAAAUGGACCUCAACCCUACGUCGGCACUGGCUUAUUAUAAGCAGGCGUUGGAAGCUGGGCUCCAAUUAGGAUUACAUCCAUUCUCAGACGAGAUGUUGGGGAUACGAUUGGCAGUGGCUUCGAUGCUAGAAAAAGCAAAUUUGUUUGAUGCGUCAAUUGAAGUUCUCGAGAAGAUUAAGAAUGAUUGUGAAACUUGGAUUGAGAAUGGGAGGAGGCGGAAAUUGAUACUUGAUCGAGAAAGAGAGAGCGGGAAAGAUAUUUUACCCGAUCCAUCAAAUUCCGAUGCUGUGGCCGAGCAUGAGGCUGCUCUGGAAAAGGAACAAGAAGAGGAGAGAAUGCGUGACACAGUGGUGAAGAAGGUUCCGGGAAUAAGCCUAAAGAUCGCAGAGCUAUAUUCUGAACAACAUCCGGAAGAUACGGAGAAAGCAGAGAAGUACCUGAUUUCCGCCGUUGAGGUUAGCCGAAGGGAACUGCAGCGGAGAAGGGAUUUGAACUUGCCUGUCACUACGGAUGAUGGCCCUUCAUUCCUUACCCUUACCGAAGUGGGCAACGCAUGCAGUCAGUUGGCAGAUCACUAUGGACUAAAAGGCAGAAACGACUUGGCUGCCGUUCUAUAUAUGCAAGCACUAUCCUUAUUUAAGGAAGACGAAGGAGACGGACAGAACAAGAUCAUCCAGGUCGUUCUGCUAAAUAAUAUUGCAAGUCAGAUGGCGGAGCAAGCAGGGAAGACUCCUUUGAACGCCUCGUCGCCCUCGCCCUCUUCCAUAAACCCUGUUUCACGCGAACAGUUGCUGGUUGCAGCGACAGAGUGGGGAAAGAAAGCGCUGGAUGUUGCCGCUCAUGUCGAUGACUCCAUUCGAAAUCAGGAAUAUGAGCAGGCUUGCGUGGCUACCCUGUAUAACUUGGGAGAGAUAUCUGAGAUGCAAGAGAACCCGCGACAAGCAGAGGGAUACUACCGGGAAGCCAAUGCUACAUCUAUUAAGCUACAGUAUAAGCAAGGAAUUGAAAAGACAAAAGAGGCAUUGAAAAGGCUAGAAGGCCAUAAAUGA